UGAGAGGGGAAGAAACCAGAAAAAGAAGCAGAGAGAAACCAAUGCUCCAAAGCUUUAGCUGCGUAAAACCCUCUCCAAACCCCAUAACCAAAUUCAUAUCUGAUCACCCGUAUCUUUCUCUACUCGAAACAAAAUGCACCAACAUGAAAGACCUCAAAAAAAUCCAUGCCCAACUCAUCAAAACCGGCCUUGUAAAAGACAUCAUAGCAGCUAGCCGUGUCCUGGCCUUCUCAGCUUCUCCCGCAGGAGACAUCAACUACGCUUCUUCUUUCUUCGCUCGUAUCGAACACCCAAAUCUAUUUGCUUGGAACACCGUCAUUAGAGCCUUCUCUCGAAGCUCAAACCCAGAAAUCGCCAUCUCUCUUUUCAUUCACAUGUUGGUUCAUUCGUCUGUUGAACCGGAAAGGCUAACGUAUCCUUCGGUGUUCAAGGCUUACGCUCAACUUGGCCUAGCCUGUUACGGGAGACAGCUUCAUGGGAGAGUUAUAAAACAGGGUCUCAACCGUGACCGGUUUAUCCAAAACACAAUUAUUUACAUGUAUGCGAAUUGUGGGUUUUUGAGUGAAGCUUGGUUGAUGUUUGACGAAGAGAUGGAACUCGACGUUGUUGCGUGGAAUUCAAUGGUUAUAGGGCUAGCCAAAUGUGGAGAGAUCGAUGAGGCCCGGAAACUGUUCGAUAAAAUGCCGACGAGGAACACGGUGUCGUGGAAUUCGAUGAUUAGCGGUUACGUUAGGAACGGUAAAUUUUCGGAAGCGUUGGAGUUGUUUCGAGAGAUGCAGGGCGAGAAGAUUCGGCCUAGCGAGUUUACAAUGGUUAGCUUGUUGAAUGCGUCUGCUUGCUUGGGAGCAAUAACACAAGGGAAAUGGAUUCAUGAUUAUAUACUAAACCAGAACUUCGAGUUGAACCCGAUUCUCGUUACUGCAAUUAUAGACAUGUAUUGCAAGUGCGGCGAUGUUGAAAUGGCUGUACGAGUCUUUCAAACGUCUCCCGAAGGCGGAUUGUCGUGCUGGAAUGCCAUGAUCUUAGGCCUAGCUACCAACGGAUGUGAACGAGAAGCAAUUCUAUUGUUUUCGGAGCUAGGGUCUUCGAGUCUCGAACCCGACUAUGUCAGCUUCAUCGGUGUUCUAAUGGCUUGUAAUCAUGCAGGAAUGGUGGAUAAAGCAAGACAAUACUUCUCAUCGAUGACGGAGAAAUACAAAAUCGAACCUUCCAUUAAGCACUAUAGUUGUAUGGUCGAUGUAUUAGGUAACGCCGGGUUCCUCGAAGAGGCGGAACAACUGAUAACAAGUAUGCCUAUUGAUGGAGACGUUAUUAUAUGGGGGUCAUUGCUCUCGGCUUGUCGGAAGCAUGGGAAUGUCGAGAUGGCGAAAAGGGCAGCAAAGCAUGUUACUGAACUUGAUCCGGACGAAAGCUCCGGAUAUGUACUUAUGUCUAAUGUAUAUGCUGCAAAUAGGCAAUUCGAGGAAGCCAAUGAGCAGAGGCUUUUGAUAAAAGAGAAGCAAUUAGAGAAAGAACCGGGGUGUAGUCUGAUUGAAGUUAAUGGUGAAGUUCAUGAGUUUGUUUCUGGUGGAAGGCUUCACCCUCAAGCAAAGGAGAUUUACUCUGUUUUGAAUGAGUUGAAACUCGUUUUAAAAUACGAUGGAUCACGGUAACAUGUGUUCGGCAUAUAUCGAGUCCUACAUGGAUAUGAUUGCGGUUGUUUUUAAUUUUUUUCAUAUAUUUAAAAGAUCCGACUUAGUUUUGAAUACAUUGUUCGAAGUCCGAACAUGAAGAGCCGAGGGUAACAUACUACUACCGUAUGAGGCUGUGAAGAUACUGCAAUAAGAGAAUGAGGAUUAUUUGGACAUAGUUCGUCCCGGUGCCCAAGAGUACAUAUCAGGUGUA